GUCGGAAGAGAUUAAUCAAUUCACAAAAUCAGACAAACCUGCGAAUCAUGCCGUCACCUCUGGUCCGCUCUGAAUAUGUCAUUCUAACAUUAUUGUGUUGCAAACAAAAAAUAUUUUAAUCAGUAUGAGAUUUUGAUCAAACAAGAGUAUUUCAAUGACGUUAAAAGCCAAAUGGAGAGUCAAGGGUUCACAUAUUUACAGCAGAUAGCUGGUGUGUCAAUAUUUCAAGGAAAUGAAGGGUACAAAGAACGCAGUUCAAAAGAAAAUGUCGCAAAGCUGAAGCAAAUUCUAGCUGACAAGGUAUUGGACAUAGAACAGGCGUAUUAUAUCGAUCCCGACCUGCAUAGUGUGCUUGGUGGAGAUUACGAGACUGAACGCGCAGAAGACGAUGAUGAAAGGUCUUUCGAUGAUUUUGAUGAUGAUUUCGACAGGAGUAUGUUCCUGACCUGCUCGCCUUACUACGACACUGGUCAUGGUAUUGACGCUGUCUGGGAAAACUUUGACGGCUACAACAUCACAGUUGCCGUCGUUGACAUCGGCGUUUCCGUCAAACAUGAUGAACUAAGCGCUAAAAUUCGGAUUGCUCAUAACUUUGAAACUAAUGACGAAAAUGUAGAGCCGGAAGACUAUGGAAUCCAGUAUAGUCAACUCACGAACCAUGGUAAUUCAGCCGCCAGCGUCAUAGGAGCGGUGAAGGACAACAAAUUGUGUUCUGCUGGCGUGGCUUACAACGCAAACAUAGCAGCUUUUAAAAUUGGCAGUGUAUCGAAUACCGGCGACCUUAAAAUAUCGGUGAUAAAUAUAAAUGCUGCACUUGCCUACAAAUACAAUGAGAUUGACAUUUAUUCGAACAGCUGGGAUUUGGGUCGUCGAGGGUUUCGAAAUUGUGGUCUAUCUGCCAGUGCAGUGCUGAAAGCAGGUGUACAAAAGGGACGUAGAGGAUCCGGUUCCAUUUACAUGAUCGCAACUGGCAAAAUUGGCAACUGUGUCUCAAACAGCAUAUAUACCAUAGCAGUCAACAGUAUUGGAACGAAUGGUAGUGUGCCUUUUGGCAUUAACCGUAGCUCAGCGACACUAGUUUCUGCGUUUGGACAAGCCAAUAAUAGAACUAAGUAUAUGAUAACAGCUAGCCAAAGAGCCGACAUAAAAUGCGACAAGAACUUUAAAGGAUCCUCAUCUGCAACUGCCAUCCUUGCCGGAAUUUGUGCGCUAAUCUUACAAGCGAAACCAACCCUGACAUGGCGAGAUAUCCAACAUAUACUUGUACAAAGUUCUAACGCAGUGGAGCUUAACAAUCACAAAACAAAUGGAGCAGGAAGAACUUGUCACGACGUUUUCGGUUUCGGGAUAGUGAAUGCAUCUAAGGCAAUAGAGAUUGCAAAACCUUGGGUUAUGGUCGAUAAACAGAUGAACAUCACUAAGGAAUUUGAAAGGUUCAACGCAUCACAUUUUAUAGCAGAAAUCCAAUGCAACAAUGGUUGUGUGCAAGCGAUAGAGCACGAUCAAGUCGCAUUCAAUUUCAACUAAAGAACUUCAACUUCUGGGACGAGCAAAGUAAUGGAACUUGGCUACUGCUGACAGAAAAAUGCACGGAAAGCGUAGCACGAAAAAACGAAGCUGCGGUUAAAAACCCAGUAAUAAAUGCCGUUCGAAUAACGAGUUAUGGGACUGGGGUCGAAAUACGCAACGAUGAUAUCUACGAUCAGCAUAAACACGUUAAACCUGCUGUAAUUAUAAUUGUGGCUAUACUUGCUAUUGUUGCCUUAGUUGCAAUUGUACUGCUUGUACGACAUAAAGCCGCCAAUGCACAGUAACGCAGCCAACGCAAAACCAAGAUCAAGGCCAUGCCAUGCUACACACAUCAUGUUACGAUACAAACACGGAUGAAGAUGCAAACACAAGUGUGUGAAGCUUGUGUGACAACUUACUGAUUGUAUUCGUACAUGCAUGUGCCUUAAAAUGAAAGUGAACAAAAACAGUGCAUAAGAACAUAUGACUAAUGUCCGCUGGCACUGUUAUAUAUUCAAUAAAUUUUACAAGGAAGUAGCAACAAGCAAAUUCGAGAAUUGAUUUCCCGCGCCGAAGAAUUCCUAGUCAGAAGAACCAGACAUUUCAAGUCUUCUGCGUAAGCAAAACUCCGCAAAGAGUAUUGCAUUUAAAAAGUAGUUAUUAAUAUUAAUUGGGUAGAAAACAAAAUAAUUACGAUCUGUUGUGAGCUCACUAUUGCUUUAUAUAAAUGGAUAUUAGGUUAACAAUUCAGUUUACAUACUAUUUAUUUGUUACCUACUUUGUUAAUUGUACUAAGUACUGGUUUUGUUAAAAUAUAAAACUCGUUAAAUGACUAUUAUUUGGUUACUUAAA